CCAUUGGGAGGUGGUUUGAGGACAAGGAAAGCGUGUCAUUAUCUUGUAUGAGCAAGAAAAAGGACAGUUCAGCAGCAUGAAGAAGUCACGUGGACAUAAGUCGGAUCAUGGAAAAGGAGGAGGCGACGAAGCAGCCAUCUUGGAGACAGAGGACCUGGACUUCACGGGAGGUAUGGGAGGAAAGGGGGUCCCGGACCCCGAUACCAUCUCCCUGGCCUCAGUCACAGCCGUCACCACUAAUGUGUCCAACAAGAGAUCUAAACCAGACAUAAAAAUGGAACCUAGCGCCGGUCGACCAAUGGAUUACCAAGUUAGUGUUACCGUCAUAGAGGCACGGCAGCUGGUAGGGCUCAACAUGGAUCCAGUGGUCUGUGUGGAGAUUGGAGACGAUAAGAAAUACACUCAGAUGAAGGAGUCCACAAACUGCCCUUACUACAAUGAGUACUUUGUCUUCGACUUCCACGUCCCGCCCGAUGUUUUGUUUGACAAGAUCCUGAAGGUGUCGGUAAUCCACUCCAAGAACCUGCUGCGUAGUGGAACCCUGGUUGGCUCUUUCAAACUGGAUGUAGGCACUGUCUACUCACAACCAGAACACCAGUUUUUCCACAAAUGGGCCCUUCUGUCUGACCCUGAUGACAUCACGGCCGGGUGCAAAGGUUAUGUUAAAUGUGACAUUGCUGUUGUGGGGAAAGGGGACAACAUCAAGACUCCACACAAGUCUACCGAAACAGAUGAAGACGAUAUAGAAGGUAAUCUGCUGAUACCUGAGGGGGUUCCCGCGGAACGCCAGUGGGCUCGCUACUACGUGAAAGUUUACAAAGCCGAGGGCCUUCCCAAGAUGAACACCAGCAUCAUGGCUAACGUCAAGAAGGCUUUCAUAGGCGAGAACAAGGACCUUGUGGACCCUUAUGUACAAGUUCUGUUCGCUGGCCAGAAAGGAAAAACAUCUAUCCAGAAGAGCAGCUAUGAACCGAUCUGGAAUGAGCAGAUCAUCUUCACUGAGAUGUUUCCACCGCUAUGUAAACGCAUGAAGGUCCAGAUCCGAGACUCGGACAAAGUGAACGACGUGGCCCUCGGGACGCACUUCAUUGACCUGAGAAAGAUUGCCAAUGAUGGAGACAAAGGCUUCCUUCCCACGCUGGGUCCUGCUUGGGUGAACAUGUAUGGCUCGACGCGUAGCUACACCAUCAUGGACGAGCACCAGGAUCUGAACGAGGGUCUGGGAGAGGGGGUGUCCUUCAGGGCCCGUCUGCUAAUUAGCCUGGGGGUGGAGAUCUUAGACACCUCCUCUCCUGAGAUCAUGAGCUCCACAGAGGUCCAGGUGGAGGGCGUGCCCAAGAUCUCAGAGAGUGCCACAGGAAAAGUAGAAGAGUUUUUCCUCUUCGGGGCAUUCCUGGAAGCCACUAUGAUUGACAGGAAGAUCGGGGACAAACCAAUCAACUUUGAGGUUACAAUAGGUAACUAUGGCAGCGAGAUUGACAAUGUGGGAAAGCCCUCGCCAAGUGGAGGGAAGAAGAGUGGUGGAGACGGAGAUGAGGAGGAGUCGGAGCUAAUCCAUGGCUCUAGUGAUGAAGAGGCUGGAGAUGAUGAUAAUGACCUGGUCUCAGUGUCGGCCACCCCGCCCAUGAAACCGGUCAUUACAGACAGAAACUACUUUCACCUCCCUUACUUUGAGAGGAAGCCAUGUAUUUACAUUAAAAGUCGGUGGCAGGACCAGAGAAGAAGACUGUACAAUGCCAACAUUAUGGACAACAUCGCUGAUAAACUGGAGGAGGGUCUAAACGAUGUACAGGAGAUCAUAAAGACAGAGAAGACCUAUCCUGAACGGCGACUUAGAGGUGUCCUGGAGGAUCUCAGCAACGGAUGCAGUCAAUUUCUGACUCUUGCUAACAAGGACCAGAACCAGCCUGGGAGGACCAAAUUGGACAAAGAGAGACUCAAGUCAUGCAUGAGGGAAUUGGAGAGUAUGGGUCAGCAGGCUAAGACCAUCAGAACGCAGGUGAAGAAGAAUACAGUGAGGGAUAAGAUCAAGCUGGUCCAGAACUUCCUCCAGAAGCUCAGAUUCCUAGCUGACGACCCGCAGCACAGCGUCCCAGACAUCUACAUCUGGAUGAUGAGCAACAACAAACGCAUUGCCUAUGCCCGUGUCCCCUCAAAAGACAUCCUGUACUCCGGGGUGGAAGAGGAGACUGGGAAGGACUGUGGCAAAGUCAAAACCAUCUUCUUCAAGCUGCCUGGUAAGAAGGGCUUUGGGGCAGCCGGCUGGACUGUACAGGCUAAGACUGAGAUAUACCUGUGGCUGGGUCUGAACCGUCAGAGGAAGGACUUCCUGUCAGGCCUGCCCAAUGGCUUCGAAGAGAACAAGAUGCUCAAAGGACCUGGCUCGCAAUCUGCUCCACCCAUCAGCCUCACAUACAUGAUGAAGCAGAUUUUCCAGCUGAGGGGUCCAUUUGUACCAGGCUCGCAGCCUGUUGCAGCCGACCGCAGCGGCCUCUCGGACCCCUUUGCCAGGGUCUUCUUCUCCUCACACAGCCAGGUCACAGAGGUGCUGAAUGAGACACUGUGUCCCACCUGGGACCAGCUGAUGGUUUUCGACAAUGUUGAACUGUUUGGAGAGGUCGGAGAACUGAGGGACGACCCUCCAAUCAUUGUCAUAGAAAUAUACGACCAGGACACGGUGGGCAAGGCAGAGUUCAUGGGCAGGACCUUUGCCAAGCCCAUAACCAAGAUGGCUGACGAACACUAUGGACCUCCACGAUUCCCUCCCCAACUAGAGUACUACCAAAUCUACAGGGGGAACUGUGCUGCCGGAGAGCUGCUGGCAGCCUUUGAAUUGCUGCAGAUUGGCCCUAAUGGCAAAGCUGACCUGCCACCCAUCGAAGGUCCUACAGACAUUGACCGUGGUCCCAUCCUACCCGUCCCUCUGGGCAUCAGACCAGUCCUCAGCAAAUACAGGAUUGAGGUGCUGUUCUGGGGUCUACGGGACCUAAAGAGGGUCAACCUGGCUGCAGUGGACAGGCCUCGUGUAGAUAUAGAAUGUGCCGGCAAAGGGGUCCAGUCUUCCCUCAUCCAAAAUUACAAGAAAAAUCCCAAUUUCAGCACCCUGGUAAAGAUGUUUGAGGUGGAUCUGCCGGAAAACGAGCUGCUCCACCCUCCCCUGAACAUCAGGGUGGUGGACUGCAGAGCGUUCGGACGCUACACCCUGGUGGGGAACCAUGCUGUCACUUCCUUGCGCAAGUUCAUCUACCGAGCAGCUGACAAGAACGGCAACGACUGGAACGUUCAUGAGGAGAUCAUUGUCAACAUGGAGCCAGAGCCUACCGUCAAAAAAAUGGAGACCAUGGUCAAGCUGGAGUCUGGGUCCGAUGCAGUGGUCAAAAUUGAGGUAUGUGAGGAUGAGAAGGGGGGGAAGAAGAAGAAGAGGAAGAAGGGAGGAGAGGAGGUGGAAGAGGAGGAGCUGGAUGAAAGCAUGUUGGAUUGGUGGUCCAAAUACUUUGCCUCCAUUGAAACUCUGAUGGAGAUUCUCAAGGCUCAGGAGGCAGCUAUGGCUGACGCGGAGGAGAAAGAGGAGCACGAUAAUGCUGCUGACGGAGAGAUCAAACCUGACGAAUCUACUGUCAAAGGAAAGAGAGGGAAGGCAAAGAAGGACAAGAAAAAGGCAGGACUUGGAGAUAUGCCAGAGAAGAAAAAAAAGAAGAUUGACGAGUUGAAGGUGUACCCAAAAGAGCUGGAGAAUGAGUUUGAUUACUUUGAAGACUGGCUUCACUCCUUCAACCUGUUUAGAGGGAAGGCUGGUGAUGACGAAGACCAGAAUGUGGCUGAUGAAGACAGAAUUAUUGGCAAAUUCAAAGGCUCUCUGUGCAUGUAUAAAGUCCCGGUAGCAGACGAGAUACAGAGGGAGAUGGGCUUCGAUUCUAACAUGGGCAUGUUCCAAAACAUUCCAACGAAUGAUCCAAUCAACAUCCUCGUCCGAGUCUAUAUCAUCAGGGCUACUGACCUUCAUCCAGCAGAUAUCAAUGGAAAAGCAGAUCCUUACAUCGCUAUUAAACUGGGCAAGUCAGAUAUCAAAGACAAAGAAAACUAUAUUUCCAAACAACUCAACCCUAUCUUUGGCAAAUCCUUUGACAUCGAGGCCACAUUUCCCAUGGACUCCACGCUGACAGUGUCAAUCUACGACUGGGACUUAGUGGGCACAGACGACCUCAUUGGAGAGACCAAACUGGAUCUGGAAAACCGCUACUACACCAAGCACAGAGCAACAUGUGGCAUUCCGUCUAAAUAUUCCAUCCACGGCUACAAUGUGUGGCGGGACCCCCUGAAACCGACCCAGGUCCUGGCGAAGCUGUGCAAGGAUGGCAAGCUGGACGGGCCACACUAUGGUCCCGGAGGGCGGGUCAAGGUGGCCAACCAUGUCUUCUUUGGCCCAACCGAGAUCGAAGAUGAAAAUGGUCUGAAGAAGCAGACGGAUGAGCACCUGGCCCUGACAGUACUGAAUCACUGGGAGGACAUUCCCAGGGUGGGCUGUAAACUCAUUCCAGAACAUGUGGAGACCAGGCCACUCCUAAACCCAGACAAGCCAGGGAUCGAACAGGGAAGGAUUGAGAUGUGGGUGGACAUGUUCCCCAAAGACAUGCCUGCACCUGGACCGGCCAUUGAUAUUUCACCCAGGAAACCGAAGAAGUUUGAAUUGAGGGUAAUUAUCUGGAGCACAGAUGAAGUCAUUCUAGAGGAUGAUGACAUCUUCACUGGAGAAAAGUCCAGUGAUAUCUUCGUGCGGGGCUGGCUGAAGGGCCAGCAAGAGGACAAGCAGGACACGGAUGUCCACUACCACUCCCUGACAGGCGAGGGCCUCUUCAACUGGCGCUUCAUCUACCCCUUUGACUACCUACAGGCAGAGGAGAAGAUCGUCCUCUCUAAGAAGGAGUCUAUGUUUGCCUGGGAUGAGACUGAAUAUAAGAUCCCUGCUCGUCUCAACCUACAAGUCUGGGAUGCCGAUCACUUCUCUGCAGACGACUUCUUAGGGGCCAUUGAGCUGGACUUGAACCGUUUCCCCCGAGGAGCGAAGACAGCCAAACAGUGCUCCAUCAACAUGAUACUGAACGAACAGGACGUCCCAAUGGUGUCCAUCUUCAAACAAAGGCGGAUCAAGGGCUGGUGGCCCUUCCUGGCCAGAGAUGAGAACGACGAGUUGGAACUCACGGGGAAAGUGGAAGCGGAGCUACAGCUGGUGACUGCAGAAGAGGCUGAGAAGAGUCCAGUUGGUGAAGGACGCAAUGAACCUGAGCCUCUGGAGAAACCAAACCGUCCAGACACUGCCUUCCUUUGGUUCCUCAUGCCUUUCAAGGCCAUCAAAAACCUUGUAUGCAACCAGUAUUUCUGGCUCACCAUCAAGUUAGUGGUGGCCCUGCUGUUGGUCCUCAUACUGGGUCUCUUCAUCUACAGCAUGCCUGGCUACAUGGUCAAGAAACUACUGGGCGCCUGACAAGUGGAAAAUCCUAAAAGCAAUAUUUUGGCAAUUUAACCUUUUUUUGAUAUUUGUUUCCUUCCCACAAAGGUCAGUGGUUUUGUUAAAUUAGCCACUACAAAUCAUCUGAACUGUCCCUUAAAAACAAUUAUACUCAACACUGUAUUCAAAACCUUCAGUAACAAGCAUCUCCUAUUUUUAUGGACUUCUAUUUUUAUGGACUGUAUGUUUUUACUAUUUCACACUUGUCAAAAUGGUAGCAAA